AUGAUGGAUCAUUUAGUGAGAGACAGUAAUGGGUUUGGAAGAGCUGAUUAUGCCUUUGGUAGAACUGCUCGUAAUGAUGCUUUCCAAACAAGUCCAUUAAUUCGUUUUGGUAAACGGUACGUGAUGGAUGAUGAACAUUCAGAAGUAAUAGCACACCUUCUACAGCAAUACCUUCAACAACAACAACAAUACUUUGAUCAAUCAAAUCGUUCUCCUCGUUAA